AGAGAAGAAGAACCUCUCCAAAGAAUACGCAGUUAAUUAGGUGUACGCUGCUUGGCUCAUUCACUACAUGGGCUUGCAAAACAAUAAUAUAAAAUAUUAGCACUGUAUAUUUUUCCGUCGUGCAUAGCUGUCUUGUGUCUGUCCUCAGAAAAUGCACCUCUCUUUCCUACUGAGUGCCCUUCUCAGCAUCCCUGUCUCUUUGGGCUGGAAUGAAGACUUCCAGAUAGUGUGUUCUGGACAAGAGUUCCGCCUGCCGGUCUACUCAGGGUCAAGGAUUGUGACCUUUACCCCCAGCUACCCUCCAGGACCAAGAAGAGUGCUACUGGAGAAUAACAAUUUGAAGGACCCGCGGUUUGAGUGGACCAAAGAUAGGACAUUGCUGUUGAAGGACGUCACACACGGUGACCAGGGACUCUACUCUAUCAAGCUGUCCUCUGGAUUCACAGAUGAGACCGUUCGGCUCACUGUCUCAGAAUGUAUAAAAACUUUCAGACGGGGCUAUGGGGAGACUUUUCAGCACAACAUCCCUAAAGAUGGCUCCCUGCUGGAGUUUUCACCCCGGGGCUCCCCCCCUGAUUCCCAGCCGGUGGUACUGUGGAACCGGACAGACCUCGAGACCAGUGAGGCGGGCCGGGGGAGGCUGGGGUCGGACGGAAGGGUCUGGGUGGCAGAGAGGGUGACCCAGGCAGACCAGGGAAACUACACCAUCAGAGACGAGAAUGGGAAAGUAAUCUCCCGCAGCAAACUCACUGUCAAUGGUGAGCACUGGAAAUAUCAAAAAUAUCUAGAUGGAGGGUUAAGAGAGCGAUGGAGAUGAGAAAGCGAUAUCAGUUUUUAGAGCAGUCUGAUAAAUUGUCCAAACUGACACUUAAUGCUUGUAUCUAUCUGAUUCUUUCUUUCAUCUGGAUGUCCCUCACCAUCCUCAUUCCUCUCCACUCUUUCCCAUACUCUCUUUCUCAUACUCUCUUUCUCACUCCUCAUUAUCACCUGUGUGGGUUCAGGGCACACCUUCAAUGUCACCCGCUUCUUCAAGGAGUCGCUAAACCUUCCCCUGUUUCUCCCUGUCCCUCAUGUCCACCUCAUUUUUACCCCCUCCCUGCACCCGUCCAACCCCUCCAAUGUUCCCCUUGACUCCCGGUACUCCCGCCCCGUGCAGCUGAUCAGGGACGGGCAUAUCGUGGAUCAGGACUCCCGGUACUGGGGCCUCAUCUCUCUGGGGAGAAAUAGGACUGUCAACGAGGUGGUCAUCACCAGGCUGAGUGCAAAGCAUGAUGGGAUGUAUGAGAUUCGAGAUCAGGACGGCAACCUGGUGUCGUCUACUGUUCUCCAUGUGGUCGGUGAGAGACAGUGAUCGUGUGUGUGUGUGAGCAACAGCUUUUCCCUUUACGUGAUGCAGAGCUCUUCCUCUCUGAUUCAGAGGGGUUGGGUUAAAUGCGGAAGUCACAUUUCGGUUGAAUGCAUUCAGACGGGCAACUGGCUAGGUAUCCCCUCUUUCCCUUAAUUUAUUUUCUUUCACACACCCUUUGUAUCUAUGGCUCUACCAAUUCUUUUUUUUUUUCUUUCUCCAGAUAAGACUGCUAGAUGGAGAGCGGUCCUCAAGUCCAUCAGCGUCCCUUCUGGCAUGUUUGUGACUUUGGCUGGUUUCAUCCUGUUUAUGAAGCGCUACCCUAACUGCAGCCUCACUAUGAUCAUCAAUGGCCUAAGAGGUCACCACACACCCGCAGCUAACCCGCCAAGAGGCAAUGUCCAGGACUACAGUCCGCCCAGCCCCCAGCCCUAUGGUUUUUACGGUCAUUCACAGCAGAUUGGAACGCCAAAAAUAUGGAGCCCCAGACCUACACAUUCUGGUUACACUCCUGUUGUGGACAGCGCACCACUUGUAGUGGACAGUGCACCACAGCCCUCCCCUGAGCCAGUGAGGACUGGGAGACAACAGGAGACAGACAGACUUAGUGUUGAGACUGCCACUACUCACUAUCCCAGUAGAGAGGAGACUGCUGGCAGUGAAAGGGUGAUCUCCUUUUCUGUCGCUGGCGCCUCCGACUGCCUCCACUCAUCUGAAGACUGUUUUCAGUUCCGGAUCAAGAAAGAGGGAGUCGAGGAGAGAUGGAGGAAAGCAGAAGACUACUUCUCCACACUUCCACUGGACACGGAUACCUCGGAGACUUGCAGCAUCUAUACUUCUGACAAACUCAACUUCUUAUAAAAGCACAGAGAAGAAGAGUGAACACAGUUUCCAAUGAGGUCCCGGAGCACCCCUGCGUGUCCCCGGUGUCCAACCAGGUGUUCGAGCGCCGACUGAUCGAGAAGUUCAUCGCGGAGAAUGGCGUUGACCCCAUGAACGGCCAACCACUGUCCGAGGAGCAACUUAUCGACAUUAAAGUGUCUCAUCCUAUCCGACCAAAGGCUGCCUCCGCUACCAGUAUUCCUGCCAUACUCAAGUCUCUGCAAGAUGAGUGGGAUGCGGUGAUGCUCCACAGUUUCACUCUGAGGCAGCAGCUGCAGACGACUCGCCAGGAGCUCUCUCACGCCCUCUACCAGCAUGACGCAGCCUGCAGAGUCAUCGCCCGUCUCACCAAGGAGGUCACUGCAGCCAGAGAGGCACUGGCCACACUGAAGCCCCAAGCCGGAUUGGUCGCCCCUCAGGCUAUGCCUGCCUCUCAGCCAGCCACUGGGGGUGCAGGUGGGGAGCCCAUGGAGGUUAGUGAGCAGGUGGGAAUGACCCCAGAGAUCAUCCAAAAGCUCCAAGAUAAGGCCACCGUCCUUACCACAGAGCGAAAGAAGAGAGGCAAGACUGUGCCAGAGGAAUUGGUCAGGGCUGAGGAUCUGAGCAAGUACCGACAAGUGGCUUCCCACGCUGGUCUUCAUAGCGCCAGUGUCCCAGGAAUCCUGUGUAUGGACCUCUGUCCUUCAGAUACUAACAAAGUACUCACUGGGGGGGCUGAUAAGAACGUGGUUGUGUUUGAUAAGAAGGAGGAGCAGAUCAUCGCCACCCUCAAGGGUCACACCAAGAAGGUCACCUCUGUCAUCUACCACCCCUCCCAGUCGGUGGUGUUCUCUGCCUCUCCAGACAGCACCAUCCGGGUGUGGUCUGUUACCGGGGGCAACUGUGUCCAGGUGGUGAGAGCUCACGAGGCGAGCGUGACCGGGCUGUCACUUCACGCCACCGGAGACUACCUGCUUAGCUCCUCCGAGGACCAGUACUGGGCCUUCUCUGACAUCCAAACUGGCAGAGUCCUUACUAAAGUCACUGAUGAGGCUGCUGGUGUUGCUCUGACUUGUGCUCAGUUCCACCCUGACGGUCUGAUUUUCGGGACGGGAACAGCUGACUCCCAAAUCAAGAUCUGGGAUCUGAAGGAGCGCACCAAUGUGGCCAACUUCCCCGGCCACUCCGGUCCCGUCACCUCCAUCGCCUUCUCUGAGAACGGAUACUACCUGGCCACAGGUGCCCAGGACAGCUCUGUGAAGCUGUGGGAUCUGAGGAAACUGAAGAACUUCAAGACCAUCGCCCUGGACAACAACUACGAAGUUAAGUCUCUGGUGUUUGAUCAGAGUGGUACGUACUUGGCUGUGGGUGGAUCUGACAUCAGGGUGUACAUCUGCAAGCAGUGGUCGGAGGUCCUAAACUUCAGCGAUCACUCUGGCCUGGUGACCGGCGUGGCGUUUGGAGACAAUGCUCAGUUCCUUUCCUCUGCGGGAAUGGACAGAAGCCUUAAGUUCUACAGCCUGUAAAUUAGUACAGACAGACAGAUGGAGGAAGUGGAAGAGAGGAUAAGGGACAAAUUUGACUCGGCUGCAGUCGGGUUUGGGGUUUGAGAAAUAUGGACCAGUGAUCCGAAUGUAGUGGGUUGACUGGCCUAGGCAGGAGCUUUUCAGUCACAUUUACCAGCAGUUGAUGGUCUUAGCAUUUAAAAAAACAUUUGUUGAUCUAUAGUUAUUUGGGAUCCCAGGGUGGGUGGAGGAACAGGUGCUGAAGUAUUUAGGUUUCCCCUUCAUUUAUUCUCCAUAAAUAACUCUCCAAAUCUCUGUUCUCCUUUGCUGGUUAGACCAACAGUAAUCUUCUGUUGAAAUUGUAUUUUUGUUUUAACUAAGCUCUGUCACAUUGUAUAUGCCAAUUCCGUGUAUUGUGUUCAUUCUUAGCCAGGCGAUCUGACCAGCUUGCUUACAGGGUUGGACAGCAUUCUUGUGUAGAUUAAGACACCACAGAGAUUGAACACUGCUAGUUUUAGUAGCAGAAGCCACAGCAGCCAUUUUGGAAUGGUAUUUCAUGUUGAACAACAAAGGAGCUGAUUGGCUAACACUGCCAUUCCAAAAUGGCUGCUGUAACUUCUGCUACCUAGCAUGAAAACAGAAAGGACCGUUUUCCGUAAGAAGUAGCGGUCGUUCAAUCUUGGUGUAACAGUCGGGAUAAUGGGACAAUUCAGAGUACAAUGCAUUUCUCAUCCCUGGAUUGAGAUGUUUUCCGAGCCAUAUCUGGCACCGGCUCCGCAGUGUCUUAAACAACACAGAAAUGCUGUCUGACCCUAGUACAGCUGUAAACAAGCAGGUCAGAUCUACUGGCUACUUAAUCCCUUGAAUCAUCUUCCACACUUUUUACACCUCAAUAAAUGAAGUGUUUUAUGUAUAAACAGCCA